AUGUGUGCCAAACGUUCCGCUGAACAUUUCCGAGCAGAACAGACGACUUCGACAUCGAAAAAACCAUCGUUUUCCUACUGUAGCCAGACUCUCUGUGAAUAUGCGCAAGCUUUCCGAGAUCCACUAAACCGUCACUUCGAUAUGGAAAUGGCUCAAUAUCUCAUCGGACCACUCAACAUCAACCACAUCUCGAGAAGCAUGUACCACAACAACAUCAAUCACCAAUGUACUACCGUUGAACAGAUUGGUCGCUUGGUUGUUCUCAUGGAUUCUCGAAAAAUGUAUGGAGAAGAGUACAACACAAGUGAGGUGUUGAGAAAGGUCAGCGAAGCGGUUGAGAAGAUCGAGCAUUACUACUCUUCUCGUGGAAUUGUUCCAGAAGUGACUUGCUUGAAUCCACAUUGA